AUGGUCAACGUAGUGCUUGGCUCUCAAUGGGGGGACGAAGGUAAAGGCAAGUUGGUCGAUUUGCUAGUGGGCCAUUACGAUCUUGUUGCCCGUUGUGCUGGUGGAAAUAACGCUGGUCAUACGAUCGUGGUCGAUGGUGUGAAGUAUGAUUUCCAUAUGUUGCCAUCUGGGUUGGUUAACCCAGGUUGUCAAAACUUGUUGGGAAAUGGUGUUGUCAUCCACGUUCCAUCGUUCUUUAAGGAAUUGGAGGAUCUUGAAGCUAAAGGUUUGAAAGAUGCUAGAGGAAGAUUGUUCAUUUCUUCGAGAGCUCAUUUGGUCUUUGAUUUCCAUCAGCGUACUGAUAAGUUGAGAGAACUUGAAUUGUCUGGUCGUGCAAAGGAUGGUAAGAACAUCGGUACCACUGGUAAAGGUAUUGGUCCAACUUAUUCUACCAAGGCUUCGAGGUCUGGUAUCAGAGUUCACCAUCUGGUAAAUGAUAAUCCAGAAUCUUGGGAUGAAUUUGUCACUAAGUAUAGAAGACUAUUAGAGACCAGAAGGCAACGUUAUGGUGAUUUCGACUAUGAUGCUGAAGAAGAAUUGGCUCGUUUCAAGAAAUACAAGGAAGAAUUGAAACCAUUUGUUGUGGAUUCCGUGGUUUUCAUGCACAAGGCUAUUGAAGCCAAAAAGAAGAUCUUGGUUGAAGGUGCCAAUGCUUUGAUGUUGGAUAUUGAUUUCGGUACUUAUCCAUUCGUCACUUCCUCUAACACUGGUAUCGGUGGUGUGGUUACUGGUUUGGGUAUCCCACCACGUACUAUCGAUGAAGUUUACGGUGUUGUCAAAGCCUACACUACUAGAGUCGGUGAAGGUCCUUUCCCAACUGAGCAAUUGAACGAGUUCGGUGAGAAAUUGCAAGAAAUUGGUGCCGAGUUUGGUGUCACUACUGGUCGUAAGCGUCGUUGCGGUUGGUUAGAUCUUGUCAUACUGAAGUACUCUACUUUGAUCAACGGUUACACCAGUUUGAAUAUAACAAAAUUGGAUGUUCUAGAUACUUUCAAAGAGAUCCCAAUCGGUAUCUCUUAUUCUAUCAACGGUAAGAAAUUGGAUUUGUUCCCAGAAGAUUUGACUACUUUGGGUAAAGUCGAAGUUGAAUACGUUACUUUGCCAGGUUGGAACCAGGACAUUACCAAGAUUAAGAAUUACGAUGACUUACCAGAAAAUGCCAAGAAAUAUCUGAGUUACAUCGAAGAUUUCGUUGGUGUCCCAAUUGAAUGGGUUGGUACUGGUCCAUCAAGAGACAGCAUGUUGCACAAGAACAUCAAAUAG